AAAAGAAUUUGUACUCAAAAUCGUCGUAAAGGUAGUUAACGUGAACAAAACAAUGUCCUGCAACAAGAUAUGUGUGUUGUGAACUAGACGAGGUGAUCUGAGCAGGUAGAGGACAGACGCGCGGAGUUUAUUGGCUGCUCGGGACAAAAGGCCCAGAAAGAGGGUUUACCUGUAAGGUGGAUUGGAGGAGAGGCACUCGCGCACCGAGGGGCAGGCAGAAAACAGGCGAGAAAAGUCGCCUUACCUGUAGCCCAACUUCUCACUGCUGCCGCUCGUAGCUGCUCCGACUUGAAAGUCCAGUUUCACAAGGAAGAACCGCGGAGGAAGCGAAAUAUGUCACAGGAGACAGACAAUAAGCGUCUGGUGGUAGUGGUCCCCAAUGAGAGCUCGUUUCCAGCCGUGCGUUACACCAGUGAAGACGAGGCAUGGCGGUCCUAUCUGGAGAACCCACUGACUGCUGCAACCAAAGCCAUGAUGACCAUCACUGGGGAUGAAGACAGCGCCAAUGCACUCACUCUGCUCUAUGACUACUACAAGGUGCCCAAAGAGAAAAGGAUUCUUCCAGUUGCCAAAGUGGUGGAAGUCACAGAGGAGCAGGAGAAGAGGUUACCCACAAACUCCAAUGAAAACAACUGUGGCGAAACGGUUGACAACCGAGUUCAAGUGCUCAAAUCAGUCCCCGUGAACCUAUCCCUUAAUAUGGAGCACCAAGACACCUCCACCAAACGGGACCAGUUCAGCAGCUCAUCUUCAGCUGGCCAAGCGGGUGCUCCGGGGGCUACCACAGACCUUGCACCCAUCCCAGUGGUGAAAGCAGAGGUCUUCACCCCUCUGUACAUGGCACCCGCAGGACAUCACUACAGGGUGGAGGGGGAGGAGGCGGCGCGGGUCAUCUACGAACCAAAUCCCUAUGAAGUCACAGCAGUCAGCCACAGCUCCUAUGUGAAGGACAGCCAGCAGAGUCCACCGGAUAGCCCAUACGAGGAGGAGAGGAACGGGAAGUACCACAUGCCUUCCUCUAUGGCCACAGAUGACUUUUUAUUUCACCAGGAAGGAGUAGACAGUUUCCAGUACACAUUGGACGCCUCACGCUCCCUUCGCCAGAAACAGGGUGAGGGACCGAUGACGUAUUUAAACAAGGGCCAGUUUUACGCCGUGACACUGAACGAGCUCAGUGCCAACAAACGGCUACGUCAUCCCAUCAGCAAAGUCCGAAGUGUAAUCAUGGUGGUUUUCAGUGAAGACAAAAACAGAGAUGAACAGCUGAAAUACUGGAAGUACUGGCACUCUCGGCAGCACACGGCCAAACAAAGGGUCCUUGACAUCGCUGAUUACAAGGAGAGCUUCAACACGAUCGGGAACAUAGAAGAAAUCGCUUACAAUGCCAUUUCCUUCACCUGGGAUGUUAAUGAAGAGGCCAAGAUUUUCAUCACUGUAAACUGCCUGAGCACUGACUUCUCAUCUCAAAAAGGUGUGAAAGGUCUUCCUCUUAUGAUCCAGAUCGACACCUACAGCUACAACAACCGCAGCAACAGACCCCUGCAUCGGGCCUACCUGCAGAUCAAAGUCUUCUGUGACAAGGGAGCAGAAAGAAAAAUCAGAGAUGAGGAGAGGAAACUGUUUCGCAAGAAGUCCAAAGGGAAGGAUGGGGGCGUAGGAGUCAUCUCUGUUCCUAAAAAGUCUGAUACCACUUAUUUCAAAACGAUGACGGAUCUCGAAGCUCAGCCGGUUCUGUUCAUCCCCGAUGUUCAUUUUGGCAACUUACAGAGGGCUGGACAGGUGUUUACGUUCAACACAGAGGAGAUUGAUCGAGAAGGGAGUGUUCUGGUGAAGAGGAUGUUUAGGUCAUCCGAUGAAGAUCUGUGUCCUUCGCCUCACAAACAAAUGAAAGAGGAUGCACACAAGAAAGUGUUGUUGUAUGUGAGGAAGGAGACUGACGAGGUUUUUGACGCGCUGAUGCUCAAGGCUCCAACUCUGAGGGGCCUAAUGGAGGCGAUAUCAGAAAAGUAUGGUGUGCCAACAGACCGGAUAGCAAAAGUCUACAAGAAGAGCAAAAAAGGGAUUUUGGUCAACAUGGAUGACAACAUUGUGGAGCACUAUUCAAAUGAAGACACCUUUAUUCUCAACAUUGAAAGCUGCGCAAAUGACUACAAAAUCACGCUCCAAGAGAUCUAACGGAGCGGACCGGACCACAGCGUCAGGUGAAAAAUGUGAAUUGGACGAUCUCUUUUUGAGGCUGCUCUUGGCUCUUUAGCUGACAGUGCUACGAGACAGUCCUAUGGCAGCAGACCUCUGUAUUCGACCACACACCUCAUCUCUCUCUUACUGUUACACUAUGAAGCACAUUUCAGAAGACAAACAUUUCAGACCAAAAAUAUGAACUGUUUAUAUGUCACCAAAACAUUUCAAUUGUAUAAAUAAUUUGUGUUUUUGUACAGUUUUUGCCAGAUGGAGUAGCUCGAACUAGACAGUCCUUAACAUAGCAGCUCCUUUUGCAUGCAAACUUUUUUUUGUCCAUAGUUAUUAUUUAUUAUUUACAUAAGAUUAUUUUAACAUUUUAUCCUAAUGAUUUCAACUACUUUGUCUUAACAUUUCAGUGACACUUUCACAUUUGUCACAAGUAAAAAGUACUCAAGGAGAGUGUCCUGCAUGUUGUAAUUGUAAUUAUGCCAAAACAUGUUACGUGCCUACUACUGUACUGUGGAGUGGGACCAAUUCAAAAGAGAAAUGAUGGCACUUGUUUAUCAUGUAGGCCUCUUGUAUAGAUGUGUAAAAAUGAAUUAAAAGUUCUGAUACAAUG